AUGACAAGUUUGAAUGAUCAAAAAUUCAUUAUAGCACGCAUUGAAUUACACUUAGCAUACUUUCUUCAUCCAAAGUAUCAUGGAUCCCUUGAUUUGGAUUAUGAUUCAUUAAGAGUACUCCCAUCACUUGGUGGUUGA